GUAAAACCAAGAGUAGGUGAGACUUCCAAAGGGACUGCUAAAACUCUUGGCUUCUGGGACCCACUUGUGAAACACCAGUGUGUGUUACAGAACCAGACCCUGCUUUACUUCUGGUGUAGUGUUGCAGAAAUUUGCUCUGCAGUUUAAAGGUAGAAGGAACUCAUAAGCAAGAUAAAUACACAAACAAGAGAAGGUGGUGUCAUGGUAGACUUGUCCAGCAAUAUGAAACAACAGUUCUAAACUUCUUGAAUUGUUUCUCUCUUAAUAUGCUAACCCUUGAAACCUGUAAAUGACUUUUUGAAUGUUAAUUUUCUGAUCAUGUUAACUGGGUAAUGUGCUUCCGUUUCCUGAGUAAUGCCAUGUUUCCUCCUACAUCCUGAAGAGUUUUGUGAUCUAUUGCCAAAAUGUUUUGGAUCCUGCUGUGCAAUUACCAGUUGUCAUUGCAGAAAUGUAGUGUAUUGGAAAAUGGGACAGUGGGAAACAAGAAUUACUUGAUAUUAACUUCAGCAGGAACUAUUUCAGAGAUGGUUCAACUUCAUAUGUAAUGAAGAACUUCUCAAAUUAUGCAGCAGCUCCAUUUCAAAUAACAUAAAAUACCAAGGAAUGCAGUGACCUUGCAGCAAUAGCUAGGCUGAGAACAUUCUUGCUUCUUUUUUUAACUAAUUUAAGGAUACCCUUUUCUAUGCCUUCUUAAUACCUACCUUAUAUUGGGAAACAAAAUCCUGGAAGUGCUAAUUCCUGACAUGAAUUGGCCCUCUUCUAAUCUCAAGGAGCAAAUCUUGUCUCUCAGACCACCUUCUCUGCUUUUAGCACUAAUGCAACAAAAAGAGUGCAGAUGAAACAUGAGUUAUGUAGAUACCUGAAGCAGAUGCUCAGAAUGUCAAAUUGACAUUUUAAGCUCAUGGAGUUGCACAGAUCUAAAGGGGAGCAUAAUGUUGCACUGAAAGUACAUCAUCAUAAAGAAGAUCUAUAUGUUUCCUACUCAGAUGGACUGCCUUGGGGGAUCAAGAGCUGAAUGUACACACCUUUCUCUCUGCUUUAAGGUUGUGAUUUGUAGAUGCCAGCCUUUAAAAAAAAGUUUUUGGGAGAAAGCCCUAGUGCUGUAUUAAAGAAGGCCAGGGCCAUCUGCACCCUUGGUCAUGGUGUGGAUAUGGCUUGCCAUGUCCGAGUGACUUUUCCCCUUCCAAUAGCCCCUGCUCUAUGGUGACUUAAUGUAAGAGGAUGAGAGCUUGUGGUUUUGUACUGCAGCUUGCUGCAGGCUCUCCUCUCCCCAGUCAGCAAAGUGGAGAGUUUUCCAAGGAGGUUUAUCAGCAAACAAGUCUUUUUUAGGAAUGAGGAGAAGGUAGUCCACAGCAGAGCCCAAGUCCGGCUUCCAGUUGUGGCGAGAUGAGGGUGCAGCUCAUCUGGUGUCAGCUCAAGGGCUGAUCACCCAAGGAAGACCUAGGACUCCCUUCUCUUAGUCCUGGCCUGGGACUUACUGGUGGUAGCUCAAAGCUUCCUCCCAGAUUGGUAAAGGAUUAAUGUAUUUUCAGAGUCCAAGUGCACUGUCCAAGUGCUCUGUCUGUAACCCCUUUCUUGACUCCAUGGAAAACUAGGACCUGAGGUCAGUACUGAUUAGGAAUUUGUACAUUUAUCCUUAAUAUUACACUUUGACCAGAGUGUCAAGGCCCCACAAGGCUGGCUGCCAUUUACACAUCUCUGAAGAUCAUUGUGUUGGCAAAUAAAUGAUUUCAUCAAGCUGUGUCACUCCACAUGUAAGGCAACGUGACAGACCAGCGUGUUACAGGGUCCUUGCCUGUGACACCAACAAUGAUGAGGUAAGUUGGGAGGGCAAACAAACCCUUCAUCUGGGUGAUAGUUUGGGUGGGGGCAGGGGGUCACAGACUUAGCCCAGCAGGUUGGCAUGUUACCCUUUACACCUGCAAGGACACAAAUAUUUACUGCUGGUGAAAGGAUCAGUAUGAAAGGCACUGGAUUGUUGUAUUUGGGGGUUGUCCCUGACAGAGUAAAUUUCAGCCUUACAGCUUUGAAAACGGAUAGGAAAGGAAAAUGCCAUUGUGGAAAAGUGUGUUUCAGUAAUUCCUGGUGUUCCUGGCAUCCAUAGUAAAAGGUACUUUGUAACAAACAUGCGUAGUAUUGAUCAAACAUUGUCCUUUGUGCCAGACAACGUUAUGCGAUUGCCGUCCAAAGCCUUGCUUUGCCAAAGCUGAUAAAUGUUUAUUAACUCGGUAGGGCAGCCCCAUUGUUCCUCGGAACAGCCAUGUGAUGGGUGUAGAUGGCUUAAUGGGCUCUGCUUGUGAGCAGGAUGGCACUGAAAAAGUCUUCACCCAACUGGCAUAUCAUGGGAAUGGGAGGAGUGCGGAUGGAGAUCUGGAUUCUAGAAGCUGGUAUAGCAGUGCUCGGGAUGCCACCGUGCUCCGUGGGAACCCAAGUUCCAUGCUGACUCACUUCGCUGCACAGGACACCCCAAGGGACACUGGGAGGUGGGCACUCCCUGUCCUGGCCCUGGAUGUGCACCACACCAGUUUGGUAGGGGCUAAGGUACGGCUGGAUAACGGCUGAGGAUGUGCUAUGGAGCCGGGAUUCAACUGCUCUGAGCUCUGCGAUGGCAGCUCCAGUUUUGACAGCCAGCAGCAGCGGGCACUGCAGGAGCUCUGCACUGUAACAGUGACAUCUUUUGACCACAGUGGGAAGAGCUUCCCAUCCUUCUCUGCUGGUCUCCUGGGAGUUGUGUGGACAUUCCUGACUGGAGGAGUCCUGCUAGCGCUCUUCUUUCUCAUCUUCACAAUUCGCUUCAGGAAAAACAGGAUCGUGAAGAUGUCCAGCCCCAAUCUCAACAUUGUGACCCUGCUGGGCAGUGGCUUGACUUACACGAGUGCUUACCUCUUUGGGGUUCAGGAGCAGAGCCUGCCUUCUGGAGACUCCAUGGAAAAGCUUAUUCAGGUGCGGCUCUGCCUGCUGUGCGUGGGCACCUCCCUGGUGUUUGGCCCCGUCCUGGGGAAAAGCUGGCGGCUCUACAAGGUGUUCACCCAAAGGGUGCCGGACAAGCGGGUGAUUAUCAAAGACCUCCAGUUGCUGGCAAUGGUGGCAGCAUUGGUGCUGGCAGAUGCUGUGUUGCUCUUGACGUGGGUAUUUGCCGAUCCAGUCCAGUGCUUCCGAAGCCUCGGCGUCUCACUGCGGGCGACAGAGAAAGGCAUGACCUGCUCCAUGAACCGGGUGCAGUCCUGUGCAUCACUCUAUUCUGAUCUUUGGCUCGUUCUCAUUUUAGGGUUUAAGAGUAUUCUCCUGCUGUAUGGGACCUACUUGGCCGGUCUGACCGACAGUGUCAGCUCCUCACCAGUCAACCAGUCCUUGACACUCAUCGUUGGGGUCAACCUCGUUUUCCUGGCUGCUGGCACUAUCUGCUUAGUUCAUCGUUUCUUCCGUACUUGGCACAACUUGCUGUUUGGUUUUACCUCUGGAGGAAUUUUUGUGUGUACAACCACGAUCAACUGCUUCAUCUUUGUCCCACAGCUCAAGCAGUGGAAAGCCUUUGAAGAAGAAAGCCAAACUGUGAGCCACAUGGCAAAAUAUUUCACCAGCCCAAGCAGGAGCUGCCGCUCGGUGUACAGCGAGGAGCAGCUCUACCAGCUGAUAGGGGAGAAGAACUCCAUGAAGCGGCUGCUCACCGAGAAAAACGCCGUGAUUGAAAGCCUGCAGGAGCAAGUGAGCAGCGCCAAGGAGAAGCUGAUGAGGCUGAUGUCUGCGGAGAGCGACUGCAGUCCCCGUGCCUUGCCCGCAGCUCCCAGCACCUGGAGCUCAGGGGGGCAUGGGGAUGCACCAGGGGACCGCUGCCCCCCGGAUCCAGAGAAGGAUGGGUGGCAGCCUCCCUGCUCGCUGCAUACACCGCCUCUUUGCAGCAAUCCUCAGACCCUUCAGGAACAUGCAACCCACGAGCCUGUUUGCUCUCAGGUGCUGCUUUUUAACGCAGGGGGCAGCACUGAACGUGGCCUGAAAGAUGUCCAGGAGCGUGGGACACCUGCAGAGCAGGGGCAGCCUCCGGAGCAGCUGCCAGGCCAGGACAACUCAAGUGGUGUAGCCUGGGAGUCAUCCCCCAAAGUCAGCUAUAUAAACAGUGAGAAGCUGUGGGAAAUUUUGCAAGAGCUAAGCCUGGACGGCAAAAACUACAGCCCGGCCUUACCUGCAGGACCCCCACUUGGCAGCCGGGGCACCCCAGGCGACCAGGGAGAAACAUGGGGGGGCCAGGACGGCUACCCAAGCAUCCACACACCCCUCAGCCCCUACCUGGCAAGGCACCAUCGGAGAGUCCCUUUACCCCCUGCCUCCACCCACUUCCCUGGACAUGUAUCCCCUCGUGCCAACCAGAGGGUGAAGGAAGUGGGCAGCUGGAUCCAUAGAGAGUCAGCACACAUGUCCCUGGAAAGGGAAGGGGAGAUAGCUGGCAGAGGGUUCCUUCACCCCCCAGCACCAUCCUCUCCAGCCAUCCCUAGGGAGGUCUGCCUUCAGCCAGAGGGGUGGCUAGGAUGGCCAGAGUCCCAGGGUGCUUCAUCGUGCAUCCCGCAGGAGCAGUGGCGGUGGCGGGGCACCCCAAGGGGACCUGCUGAGCCUUCCCUGCGCUCACUGUACUACUACCCAGACUCUGACUCCAGCAGCAGCAGCUCUGAGGAGAUGUUUCACGGCUGCCACCGGCCCUGCUGCGAGGUCUGCUUCCAGAGCCCACGUGGCUCCCUGGACAGCAGCAGCACGGACACGGACACAGAGCCCAGUGACUGCAUGGACCACCAGGCAGAGCACCACAGUGGGCCCCAGCCUGUGGUGAAUUUCAAAGACGAUCUGAAACCUACCUUUGUGUGACUGGGAGCACCCCUGCCCCAGGAGCAAGUGCCCUCCCACCCCUGAAACACUGCAUGUUUUCAGCAAUGCUAAAGCUGCAUGUCAUUCUGGGGGAUGUACCUUUUUUCUGGAAUCUGGGGAUCAGGAAUAAACCUUGCCCCGUUCUGGGUUGCAGUGUCAGCUCCAGCCUGAUCAGCCAUGACUGCAGACUGAGUUUGGCUGAGAGUGGGUUGGAAGCACUCAGGGAGGUGGCUGUGCUUUUGUCCUGGCUGCUCUGGGCAGAGAUACUUGGCACUUCUGUCGUUCCUAGUGCUGGCAGUGGAAAGACUGGGGCUGGGUGGCCUGUGAGAGCCCACACUUCAUCACCUCAGAGGGCUUUCCCUGUGAGAACUGGGUGAUUUGCACUGGCAGGGAGCAGCACGAACACACAUGGCUUCUUGCACACAGCAUAGGUACAGAGAGAGGACUCCUUCCUUCCCCCGAGGCUGCUGAUAGAGAGCCUCCCACUGGCAUCAUACCCAGCCGGGUGCAGAAGCAGUUGCAGGCUGCCACUCACCUCGGGCGUGUUGCUCUUGGGCAAAGCAAGGACCUUGGGGUGGGGUUUGUACAGGAACCUUUUGGAUUUUGGUGCAUUUUUUGUAGCAUAUGAGUGAGAAAAUCGAGUCCAAAGGUGAUGUCCCAGGAGGUGUCUUCACAUUUUGUAUAGUUCAGGUGCAUGGUUAUAGAUGAGACUCAGGUCAGAGCUGAAGAGAAAGGUAAGCUAAUGGUUGUAAAGGAGGAUAUGGAAAGGUUUUUCUUUUUUUACCUUGUUUUCUGGGGCUUGUGUCCUUCUGUAUGUCUUUGUAUGGAUGAUGUAGUUGGAAUAAGGUUUGUUUAAAUUAA